CCAGUUGUGGUCGGUGGAGCAUGAAUCGGUGGCGGAGGUCUGUGGGAGAGAUCCAGGCCAGGAAGAGGCUGGUGAGCGAGUGUGAGCAGGCGCAGGUCUCCUUCAACAAACUCACCGCCUGCUUCCAGCAAAUGGCCACCUGCUUAGGGAGUAACACAGACGGUAGCCUUCUGAGAGACGAGAUGGAGGAAACCAGGGGACAGGCGCAUAAAAUAUGUACAGGGCUGCACCGGAGGCUGCUGAAGCUGCUAGUUGAGACUGAGCAAAGCCAGGACGACCGCGAGCAGGUCGAGCGCCUAUGGGUGCUGCUCCUGAGCACUUUGGAGAACUUCCAGCAGGAGCUUAGGAAGGUCAGUGCACUCCAGGAGCUCUUUCCUGUCACUCUGCAGAAGGACAGACAUGCCCUGGUGAACACAGGUGCCUCCGGAGGAGGCACUGAAGUGGCAGGGCGUGCUGCCAUGGUGCAGAACCCCUGGGUGGUGACAGAGUGCAAGGAGAAGCCUGACCUGAACGGCCAUGUGCUGGAGAUCGAGACUCUGCUCCAGGAAAUGCUGCAGAGAGUAAACGUGCCACUAUGGUCAGUGGAGCCAAUGCAGAAAGCCUGGGCAGAAGGGACACAGGAAGAGGAUGAUGACAUCUUAGAGGAGAUAAUGGAGGUCGAAGUGGUGUCACAGGAUGGAAAAUCAGGCUGCUGCAGCCAUUCCAACUGUAGACUAAGAUGCAUAUUCUGUUUGCUAAACUAGAGCCAUUUUGGAUCAUGUAGCUAAUGAGAAAUCAGUCUUUAAUCCUUAAUUGCUUUGGCAUGUCUUGGUUUUUGUAACAAAAUCAAGAUUAAUCAUGAGCCACAUGGGAACCACCAAGCAAGAUUUCCAUUCUGUAGAUUUCACAAUGAACAGUAGCAUAGGUGAACUUUCAGACAACGCUGCCCUCUAUCUGCAACCGCUACUAAACUAGAUCAGUCUAUCAAAUGGAACUGCAACAGCAGGACACAAGGACACAUUAUGCUAAAGAUGAAACAAAUAAAUAAAAUAUAGACGUAAUGUUGGGGGGAAAACUAAUAUACCUGAAAUACUUCUACUUGUCUGAAAGUAUAGAGAUUAGACUGCAUUGCAGUCUUUCAGUUAUAUCAAAGUUCACCACAGGAGCAAACAUUUUGUAGCAAUUUACAAAUUGCCCUUUAACUAGAAAAUAACUUCCCUGGAACCCUAGUUUACAUUUUUUCAGAAACAAAUUAAACA